AUGGCAGCCGCGAUUACGGCUCCCUGGAACUACACGCUGAUCCGCUUCUUCAUAGGCUGCGCUGGCGCCACUUUCGUGACCAAUCAGUUCUGGUGCUCGCUUAUGUUUGCCCCCAAUGUUGUUGGCACGGCCAACGCCACCGCGGCCGGUUGGGGCAACCUGGGAGGCGGCGUGACCCA